AAACCUAAUGUUGCUCCAUUAUAGUAUUCUACAUUCUUGGAGUUAAUAAUAAUAACUACUGAAUAAAAAUGAAUUUUAAAAGCUUAACUUUUAUGUUAGCCACCAUAUUUUGCAUAAUGGUGUCCGUGUAUGCGGGUAAAGAUGAUCCUCCACCUACAGAUCCAGGUUCAGCAGCUAAUCCUAGACGUAACCCACCAGGUGGUCUCUAUGUUUCUACACAAAUACCACUACAAGCAACUCCAUCAUUACCAAGACCACCACCACUACAAAAUCCAAAUCCACCUGCUAAUUAACAACAGUUAAAUUUACCGACAAAGCUGCAGUAUCCAAGAUCUGUGUCACAAUUUCAAAAUACAUAUUGUAAAUUGUUCAUCUUUGUUUAUCAUAAUUAUGAUGUUUCAACCUUCAGAUUUUUCUAAUAACAAUGUAUUCUAAAUAACAUAUUCUGUUACCUAUCAUAUAAAUUAUAUUAUGUCUAUUACAUAUAACAAUAAAAAUAAUGUUCA